CCCCCCCCGGUAGGAGAACCCCUGACCAGCCCCAUGGUGGGAUCCCCCCAGGUCUGCUGUGGGCCAACCGGGGGUGUGUGACAGGUCCCUGUCCCUGAUGUACCUGACCCCAAGUUGCUCACCCCUAGCAGGGAACCAAGUGCCUACACGGAGGUGGUUGCCCCCCCCUCAUUGUAUCUGGAGGGGUGACACCCCAGUACAGGAUCCCCAGCUGUCCAGGCACGCUCUUCGGGGGAAGGAAUGCCAAUUUUCAUUGACGCUUACCCUCCCUUCCUGCAUGGCACGUGUUCUUGUGGGGCUGUCUGCCCACUGCAUGCCACCCCUAGCCCCCCCAUCCCUGCACCCCCCCUGUGCCCUUUGCUCCCACGCUGCCACACACCCCCACCUCCACCCUGUGCCACCCUGUUCCCAUCAUGGGGCCCCCACCUCUGCAUGACCAAGCUGCCAGGGGGGCCUGAUGCUGUGGUGAGGGGCUCCCUGCCACCUGACCCCUGUGCCACCGCUGUGUAUGGGGACAUCGGCCACCCAGAGCAAGACCCAGGGAUCCUGGCCCCAAAACUCACAGUGGGAGGGGGAGAAAGGGGUGUGCAUGUGCAUGCACCUCUGAGGGGGGUAUGUGCACAUGGGUACAUCCCCAUGGGGUGCCGAGAUCUGCCCCGUGCUGGGGUGCCCCUGCCCCUGCCUCCAUCCCACCCGCCCUCCAAUAAAAUCAGUGGUGUGAGCGCUGCACGGCUGCGUCUCCUUGCAGGAGAGGGGCCCUGGUGGGGUGGCAGGAUGGCGGUGACAGCAGUGUCCCCCACGUGUCCCCCCCAUAGGGUGAUAGAGAGGCCUCGGCUGUUAUCUUGCAUUCCUGGCCGGGCUACCGGGCUAAUUAUGGGCAUGCAGCAGCAGGCGCCUGGCCAUCCCCCUGCCUUGCGUGGGGUACUGGGGACAGGCUGGGUGGUGGCAGUGGUGCGGUGACAUGGCAUCGCUCAGCUCGGCCGCUACGUACCAUGCUGAGCACAUCAGCACCUACAGCCAGGGGCUGGGUGCCGGCGAGCCCCGCUUCGAGGGGGAGCGGUACCACUACGACACCUUCGGGUACCCAGGGUCCCCGGGUGCCAUGUGCCCCUACACCCUGGGCACAUGGGUGCAGGUGCAAGGUGACACCUACCAGGUGGUGGCCAACGUCAGCCAGUUCGAUCCCCCUGACGUUGUGGUGACCACCUCCAAUGGCCACGUCGCCAUCUGGGCUGAGAAGGUGAGGAUUCCCCCUCCCUCCCCAAAUACCAUCACUUGCACUGAGCUAACUGGGAAGCAGCCUGCUGCCUACUCACCACGCGUGACCAUUUUAUGUCAAUGUGCCAUGCAGGUGGCAGAGGAUGGCACGGUGUGCGACACCUUCAGCCACCAGUGCCGGCUGCCUGAGGACACGGACCCACUGUCGGUGAGCUGUGCCCUGACCGAUGCUGGCAUGUUGGUCAUCACAGCCCGGCGCCGUGCCGGUGCCCAUCCUGGUGAGAUGCCACAGCCUCUGUACCGCAGUGAGGCAACAUUGGGCGCGGGGACGGCACGGGGACAGUGA